GCGGCGCCGUGACAGAUAUGGAAACAUGGCAACGACAAGCACCACCGAGGAAACGAUGGAGCAGCACAGAGAUGAUGGAGUGGAAGAAGACAGGUCUAUGUCUAGAUCUGACAGUGGGAGUGGAGAUGAUUCCUUGGACGGCCUUCCAAGUCAUGCCCCCCGGUGCCCACUGACCCCCUCACUGUCUCCAAGGAAGCGCACCACCAGCCAAUCGAAGACAGAGCCACCGCUGCUGAGGACCAAUAAGAGGACCAUCUACACUGCUGGCAGACCACCUUGGUACAACGUCACAGGGACCACCUUCAAAGAGGCCUUCGUCAUCGGUCUUUGCGGAGGAAGUGCGUCUGGGAAAACCACAGUUGCCACUAAGAUAAUAGAGGCGCUGGACGUUCCCUGGGUGGUUCUGCUCUCCAUGGACUCUUUCUAUAAGGUGCUGAAUAAAGAACAGCAGGAGCUAGCAGCCAAAAAUGAGUAUAACUUUGACCACCCUGACGCCUUUGACUUUGAGCUGCUGGUCACCGUCCUCAGGAAGCUGAAGAAAGGCAAGAGCGUCAAAGUCCCAGUGUAUGACUUCACCUCACACUGCAGACGUAAAGAAUGGAAAACUGUGUAUGGGGCCAAUGUUGUCAUCUUUGAGGGCAUCCUGGCAUUUGCCAACAAGGAGCUGCUGAAGUUGUUGGACAUGAAAGUGUUUGUGGACACAGACUCGGACAUCCGGCUAGUACGGAGGCUGAAGAGGGACAUCUCAGAACGUGGGCGGGACAUCAGUGGCGUCAUCAAACAGUACAACAAGUUUGUAAAGCCGGCUUUUGAGCAGUACAUUGAGCCCACAGUUCAGGUGGCUGACAUCGUGGUGCCCAGAGGUGGAGAGAACUUUGUAGCGUUAGAUCUGAUUGUCCAACACGUCCACAGUCAGCUGGAGAAGCGCGAGAUCACAGUGAGAUCGGCCUUGGCUUCAGCACACCAGGGACAGCCCUUACCCAAGACCCUCAGUGUCAUGGAGAGCACGCCACAGGUCCGCGGCAUGCACACCAUCAUCAGGAACAAGGAGACCAACCGAGAUGAGUUUAUCUUUUACUCCAAGAGAUUAAUGAGGCUGCUGAUAGAGCAUGCCCUCUCUUUUCUACCGCUCAAGCCAGUAUCAGUAGAGACGCCCCAGGGUGGCGUCUAUGAAGGCAAGAGGCUCAGUGGUAAAAGGAUAACUGGUGUGUCCAUCCUGAGAGCCGGGGAGACCAUGGAGCAGGCACUGAUGGCUGUCUGCAAAGAUAUCCGCCUGGGGAAGAUCCUGAUCCAGACCAACCAUGAUACAGGGGAACCAGAGCUUCACUACCUUCGCCUGCCAAAAGAUAUCAGUGAAGACUAUGUCAUUCUGAUGGACAGCACUGUGUCCACCGGAGCGGCUGCCCUCAUGGCUGUCAGAGUUCUGCUGGACCAUGAUGUAGCAGAAGACAAGAUCUUCUUGUUGUCCCUACUGAUGGCUGAGAUGGGUGUCCACUCAGUGGCCUAUGCCUUCCCUAAGGUCCGAAUCAUCACCACUGCCGUGGACAAGGGGGUCAACGACCAGUUCCACAUCAUACCAGGCAUCGGUAAUUUUGGAGAUCGGUACUUUGGCACUGACGCUCCUUCAGACUGGUAUGAAAGCGAUGAAGGGAUGGACUACUAAAGACAGAGGGGAAUCAAUGGAAAUGGAGAGAUAUCAUUUAAGCGCUUAGCCAUUAAUGCCAUGAAACGGCUCUUCUCCUCCCCUCACUGCCCUGCUCUGUCACCGUCCUCUUAUCCAGGAGGAGAUGCCAUUUGAACGGCUGCCAAUUGAAAUCACAGGAAACUGAAUGGGGUUUACUGUUAGGCCAGUGAUUUCAUUGAAGCCAGCCAGUAUUCAGCCAGUAUUUCCAUCAGAAACACAAGAAUCUCAGAAGAUCUUCCCUGUUUACAUUCAUGGAAUUGUGACCGACGUCUCCAUUCGGACACCUUAAUGAGCAAUCCUGUUUAGAUCAGUGGGAGAAGAAUGGGCAUCUCCAUUCACAUGAGGGAACUAAACUGGAUUGAAAUCUAAGUGUGCUCAUCCGUGGUUUGUGCAUCUAUCUAUCUCCCUAAUGGGUGAAAGGUCACAGUGUUACCUUUUCCUCCUAAGGAAGAUGUAUGAUAUUAGCCAGGCUUCACCAGGCUGGGACGCCGUUAGCACACAGCCCAGCCCACUCUGUUAAAACUGGAUCGGCUUCCCACAGACCACUUUUCUACAUGUCAGGUGCUCCAGUGCAAGCCAGUGGCACCAAGGUGAUUUUAACAGCCAAGCUACCUAUUAAGUAAAAUGCUUGAGGAGGAUGAUGUUGACAAGUAACAGUCAUUUUCACAGGCUUAGAAAUUUAGAAAGGAACGUGGUUGAUACUGAAGUGUUUGAAAACAUGCGUUAUGCAUUUAUUGACAGUCUUAAUUUAGUGGCCCUUUUUCCAACUUUUAGUGCAGUGCUGCUUUUACCAUCAUGACUGAACCUUUGGGUAUUUAGCUCUCUUAUUUUGUUUUAUUCUGACCGAUGGACUUUUUAUUCUCAAUUUAGGUGGUAUGGAAUAGGCCAGAUUUUCUUCAGGUAAUCAUGUGGAAGACAUUUUACUUGAGAGGUGAUGCAGUUGAGUAAGUUUACACGCAGCUCUCAAUACCACAGUUAUCCAGGAUGUGGUUUAUGUAGGGAACAUUAUACUGUGAUGGACCAUGAUUUAUUAUGAAUUAAUGCCACUAUAUAAUUGCCUCCCUGCCAGUUGCAAGGUGUGUUUGACUACCUGUCAUCAUAUAUAGUUUGAUGCAUCUCUAUAAAGUCAGCAACUGGUCGACCAGAUUAAUUUAGGGAUGAAAAUAAACCACAUCACUCGAUUAAGCAAAGUUUCUCUUAAUUUUUGUGUGCCUCAGAAAACUGCAGAUGUUUGAGAGGGAAACCUCCAGAAAGAGCUGUAGGCUGUAAGUCUAGUUAAGCCCCCUAUAUCAUUCAUGAGCAGAUAUCUAUGCUGUCAUAAAGGCAAUUUUAUUUUAGGUGGUAUUCAGAAAAAAGGGACAAUAUUGCUCUAUAGUGGAGAGUAAAGACUGACUGAUAGUCAAGGGAAAUAGGCAGAUAUUUGAGGAUGUUUAUAUAUAUUUUGCUUUGUCUGUUUUAGAUUUUAAUGCUCUCAGCUAUUGCUGUAUUUAAUUCUCUUUCUUAUUGUUUUAUUUACAGUAGUCUACCACAGCAGUAAGGCCCUUUAUGUCACAUCCUCUGUUUCUCUUUCAGAAUAGGCUCCUCACCCUCUGCACUAAGUGUUGCUGUUCUUUGCAACCUCAUUCCCUUUGCAGUCUGUCAGCACUGUACGGGGAAGGAAGUGCUUAACUCACAGAACUUGAAUGGAUUAGAACGGGCAUGGAACUGUGUGCUGUGGUCAUUUGGCUACUUCAGAAUAAAAUGACGACAGCGCACAUUCAGCGCAGUAAAGUGUGUCACACCUUCUGAACAACCAGGAAGAUGUGCUGUGGCUGCUUGCUGAAAGUAGUGAAUAAAUCUGAGUAGUGACUGACCUCUCUGACCUGCUGAUCCUGAUCCUGCUGCGUUGAUUUAAAUGGGAACGUCCGUUCUGUUCCAGUUCAAGUUCUGUAACUAAACUGCCACAUGUCAGCCGAAACAUCACUUCCUAUGAUGAGGUGGGAGGGUUGGGUUGCCUACUUUAGCAUUUUGCUAAGGGGACCCAUUACA